GAUGAAGACGAUUAUUUUAUUUGUUGUGGGUGUAAAGUUGUUUUGCGGUUGAAAUAGUUAUAGUGUAUUUGAUAACCACACCAAUAGAUAUUUUUGGAUGUUAGAAAACACUCAAGUUACUACUGAAAUAGACUCCUUUGAUGAGUUACAACUGGAACCUCGACUAGUAAAAGCUAUACAAAGGGCAGGUUUUCUUCAUCCCACGCCUGUUCAGUGUCAAGGUCUACCUUGUCUGCUCGGAGGAAAGGACGCUCUUAUUUCUGCUCCAACAGGUACCGGAAAGACAGUUUGUUAUGCGGUGCCUAUCAUCCAUCAACUACUCAAAGAAGAGUCAACUAUGGACCCCAACUCUACAUCUUUUCACGACGGGAUGCAAUGGGAAGCACUCGUGUUGGUGCCUACCAAAGAAUUAGCUUAUCAAGUGACGGCAACAUUUCAAUUGUUAAAUAGAUACAAUUCCAUCCGAACUUUGGCACUAUUACAAAAGCAACCGUCUUCUUGGCAGAAAGUAGCGUUGACUCACAUUUUGGUAACCACACCGGCAACACUGCUACACCUAUUGCAACAAGGAACAUAUUCUAUAAAAAAUUUGAAAUGGUUGGUAGUAGACGAAGCAGAUUUGUUAUUUUCUUUCGGAUACGAACAAGAUAUGCAAAAGAUAUUGCCGAGCAUACCGGCAAAGGUACAAAGUGUGUUUGUCAGUGCAACAUUGGAUAAAGAAACGUAUCACUUUCUUCGUCAUUUUGAAGAUAAAAGGCAUGCAAUGCAACAGAUUCGAAUAAAACACGAUGUGACACAAGAAGAAAGACUGCAAGUAUUGGCAAAACAUCACUAUGUUCAAGUGGAAAAAGAACAAGAUAAAUACUUGGUGGUCUUUGCACUCAUCAAACUUCAAGUAUUGAAAGGAAAAAUACUCAUCUUUGUCAACUCUGUGGACAAAGGAUUCCGACUCAAGUUGUUAUUAGACCAGUUUUAUAUUCAUACUAGUUUGUUGAACGCGGAACUACCUUUGUUGUCAAGAUUGCAUAGUGUAGAACAGUUCAAUCAAGGUAAAUCUUCUAUUUUGAUUGCGACAGAUGAAGCUUGUAUUUGGAACCAAAAAAUGAAAAGCAGUUGGAAAGCGAAUGCCAAUACAUUAGAUAAGGAAAAGACCAAGGAACAAGAAAAUGAGUUUGAUUUGUCAAGAGGAAUGGAUUUUCAACAAGUAGCUGUGGUAUUGAAUUUGGAUUGUCCCUACUCGUUGAUAAGUUAUAUUCAUCGAGCUGGAAGAACAGCGAGAGCUGGUAAAGCUGGAGAUAUUUUGACUCUGGUCACAUCGGAAGAAAUGCCGCGUCUACAGAAUCACUUUGAAGGGAUGGGUUUGAAGCAAGAACAAUGGAAUCCGUUAAAAGUGAAAAUGAGUCAAGUUGAGCCUUUCCGUUAUCGAGUAGAGGAUUGUUUAUACAAAAUAACAAAGAAUGUGCUCAAGGAAGCUCGAGCUACGGAAAUUAGAAGGGAGAUGUUGAAUUCUGAGAAAAUGAAAGAAUACUUUGCCCACCAUGCUUUAGAUUUUGAGGCACUAAAAAGUGAUCGGCCUUUGAAUACUCGAACCAACCCUCAUUUGGCAGAUAUUCCAAGCUAUUUGAUGCCAUCAGCAUUGCGUCCUUUGAACAACGGUGUAAGUUGUCUAACAUAAAUAUAAUUAUUAUAAAUUGGCUUAUUUGGUA